AUGCCGCCCAAGCAGGCGGUCAAGGAGAAGGCGGCGGCCGCCCCGAAGAGGAAGAGAGCCCCUGCGAAGAAGAAGAAGGGGGGAGGCACAGGCGAGGCCCACGUGGAGGAGGACGAGGAUGAGCAGGGUCAGCCGGGCCCCGCCACCCCUGCCGCUUCCGCCGGCCCCUCCUCGGGAUCCGGCAUACCCUCCUCGCACAUCACGAUCACCUUCCCGCCCGGGUAUAUGGAGGGAUCACCCAGGAAGCUGCCAGCCGUGCCGGACCUAAUCCAGUUCCCGGAGAAGCUGACGAACGCGCAGCUGAAGGCGGAGCUGGCCAGCACCAAGUCUCUAUGCUGGAAGUACGACCUGCUGCUGAACUACGGCUUUCUUCCUAUGAACGAGAUCUAUAAUAAGGAUGGGACUGCCCUUCGCCUGCCCUGGUGGGAUGAGAAGCCGGAUGCCCUCGCUAUGGUCCAGCAUGAGUCCCGGGCCCCGACCAAGGAUGAGGUCAAGAAUAACGCCAAUUUUAUUGGCAAGAAGUAUGCUGGCGUCACCCUCUUCUACCCGCUGAUAUCGACAGGCCUGGCGAAUGAGCCGCUGGGCGAGGUCCUCGGGCUCCAGGAGGUCCGCUAUGUGUAUAUGCACCAGACUUGUGUAGCUUACAAGUUCUUCGGGCCCCUCUGCAGGGCCAAACUGCUGAAGUUUUGGGGCCACGAGCACACGCAGGCCGACGCGUUCAAGCAGUAUACUGAGCUUGUCGAGGGCUUCAGCAACGCCAAGAUGCGGUCGAUCUGCCGCGGGGUGCUCGAGGACGAGAAGGAGCCGCUGCAGCUGAUCCGGAAUGGCGAUAUUGGCCUGUCCCAGCCCGAAAAGAUCAACGUGAACGCCACAGCAAAUAUGGCGGUGCUGAAGUAUCUUGCCCACUGCCCUACGGGCCUCUUCCCGGACGCUGAGGGCACCAAGCGCUACACCCGCUACAAACCCUCCAAGGAUAAGCUAUGGGGAUUCUCCUUCGACGACAUGUUUCGGGGUGUCAGCUCGUACAUCGCAUGCCUGCGCCAGCGGUUCGCCUCCAACAUGACCAGCACCAAGAAGGCAGGCGGCCUGGACUCGAUAAAGAUGCCGAUGCUCGGCAAGUCGCGCAUCAACUACUACACCAGGGCUACGGCAGCCCAGUACAGCCGCUUCCUCGAAGACGACUCGAACGACAUCCCCGAGAACCUGGCCGCCCAGUCUGUCGUAACCAUAGCCGAGGAGUUCCGCCGCCUACAGAGCAAGCUGCCGCGGGACACAGACCUCGAGAAGACCGGAGAGCUCUACGAGCGGCUCUGGCGUCGCACCGGCUUUCUGGCUAUGACGGCCAAGUACAACCGGAUUAACCGAGCUGCUGCAAGCAUAGCCAGGGCAGGCAAAGGAAACCGCCGCCUGGAGAUGCUGGACGCGAUGGAUAACAUUCCCCCCAUCGACUGCCGCAGCGUCCUUGCUCUUGUAAACGAGAUCUACAACCGUGGCCUGCUCGCGAGACCUACUGUUACCAUGAUCGAGAACGAGCUCGUAUACGAGACGUUCCAGGCCCUGCUGACUGACACCAUCAGCAUCGAGCAGUACAUGGCGACGCGUGAGCGAGAUGGCGAUCUCCUGGAGGAGGCUGUCAGCGGGUGCCUGGUGGACACGGAGCAGACAGCCCGGAUGCGAGCAGAGGGCGUCCCGGCCGCCGAGAUCUACAGGCAACAACUAGUCGAGUGCCACGCCCUGCUGGGACUCCUGCCGGCAAGACUGCCUGCCGAGGUCACAUUCGUCGAGGCGCUGAAGGGCCUGAGCAUGUACGCAGAGGGCAUGGAAGGCAAUGAGAAGUACACCGACCUGCGCCUCUGCUGGGACCUAGAUGAAGAAGGAAAGGCCAGCACACAUGUCUUCGCGCUGCGCAUAAUGGUCAAGAGUGCUAUGCAGGGUGCCCUGCUUGCUAAUAAGGUCGGGACUGGGAAGACGCUGGUCUUUAUGGCAGAGCGGUACGAGUUUAUCAAAGAGCGCCUGAGGAGCCUGGACAAGCACGGUUUCGACGAGGAUAACGACUGCUCAUCAGAACUGCCCUCGACCAUUCCGACUAUGCUCAUAGCGCCUGCCAACCUGGUCGAGCAGCACUUUAACGAGAUCUCGCGUUACUUCCCUGCCGAUACUUUCAAAGCCGAGAUGGAGGUGGCUGUCGUGCAGGCAAAGACGUCUCUGAAUAUGCGCAAGAUCUGGAUCUUCUUAUACUCGACGACUGUUUUUCGCCUGCUCAGAAAGGAAUGGGGAAUGACUUAUGUUAUCGAUAAAACUAGGUUGCCCUAUGAUCACGGCAUAUGGGAGCUCGAUACACAUGAUAUCAGCCCUAGCUACGACGAAGGCCAGAUCACUCUGAUCUGCAAGACGGUCGAGGCCGCGUAUUCGGGCUCUGUCUAUCCGCUACCCGUGCCUCCAACCGACCUAGAGCAGGCGGCUAUGGCAGAUACUGACAAUGCUGCCCCAGGCCCUGCAGAAGAGGGCGGCAGAGCUGCGGCAGAGGCAGAUGUCGCCGAGGUUCGCGAGGUUCCUACAAGUGUCUGCAACCGUCUCUUGAAAGAGUGGCUGGAGGCCGGCAAUCCCACUAUGCGCGAUGUUGAUGGCAAACAGGUCCAGAUGCAACCCAGGUUCUACCGCAGGUACUGUAUGACCCGUUUUCCAGAGGGGUUUUACUUCCAGCAUAUCAUCCUGGACGAGUGCUAUACCGUGUGCAAUUACAAUACCGGAUGGUCGCGUGCAGUCCGAUGGGAGUGGUGGUCGCUGAUGCUCACCCACCGAUACCGCGACGAGACCCGGGACCUUGUCCGCAAGAUCCUCAAGUGUCUCGGCAUGCGCCGCGGCAUGAACACGAUCACCUAUCUCCCCGACUAUGCGGACGGAACACCAUGGCUUGUCUGUCCCGGCGACGGUAUCCCCCCGCACUAUGUCGAGACUUAUGAGGUAGGGCACACUAUACUGAAGCCAGCGGUGGAUCAGUGUAUGAACCAGCAUUUCCGCAAUUUGGCUAUAGGCGAGGAUGAGGACGCAGGCACUCAUGAGUACAUGGUGACUCUGCCCGGGACUGGAGGCAUUUCUCAGCAGGAGACGAAAGUCGUCGAGGUAGUCGUGGAUACCACCGAUAAGGAUGACGACGACACCGGAGCCCGCUUGGACGGAGGCCUGUUGCGUGUCCUUAUAAUCGCCUCGAUCUGUUGGCUGAGCUACGAGGCCAUGACCUGCGAGGACUAUGUGGGUGCCUGCAGUGAAGAGGACGCUAUGAUGGACCUGGUCGCUGCUGAUGAGGCGGGCGACUCCGAGUCUGCCAAACGGGCCAAGGCCCGUGAGACUACUGCACAGAGGGUGCGCGGCCAGGAUGGCGGACCAGUUACUUUCGGCGCCGAGCACACAGAGGCUGUCCUCCAAGGCACGGGCGAUUCGGGCCUCUCGUACCUUCAGCUGCUCGGCUAUGGCGACAACCCCUUCGACUUCAUCCCUACAGAGCGCAAGGCUGUCUUGAGCCGCGUUUUGUGCAAGUCACCGAUCAAUACAUGCGUGCUGGAGAUCGUCGCCCAACGCGCUGCUAAAGGCGAGAGGACCCUUGUGAUGGUGGCCACCCUGUGGGAGCAGCUGCUGUUGGUUGCUAUCCUCGAGAAAGCCUGCCUGUCGGUCGUCUCUAUCCGUGCAGUGAUGACAGCAGCAGAAAAGUCUGCUGCCAUUGCUAAAUUUAACGAUCCCGGCUCCAAUCUCAACGUCAUGGUGCUCAACCAGCGCUGUGGCUCGGCAGGCCUAAACCUGCACUACUGCUGUAACUAUGGCAUCCAGUUGCAGUACCCUUGGAACUUCGGCACAGCGGAGCUGCAGUUCCCAGAGUGGCUUGAGGAGUACUCAGGGCUGCGUACACUCGUGGCAUACGAUGUCCUGCGGGUCAUGUGGAGCCAGCCGUUCAAUCGGUUUACCUGGGAGAAGAUAUACCCUGUGGAUAUUCAGGACUUCAACUCGGUGGAGACCCGCAUGUUCGGCAAGUUCUACCGGCUGCUGUCCAGAUUCUUGCUGAGCAUCGAUCCUAGCGAGAUCGACAAGGAGGACCUCUACAGCCUUCUCGCGGGCCUGGAUCGGUUCUUAGAUGUUUUGCCUUUCGUAUAUGCGGAGAUAUGCGAGAAGGAGGGAACGUCGGACGAUGACGAGCUGAGCUUCGAAUACCUGAGGGAUAUGAUCGCGAGCUGCCAGGAUGAGUGGGUCAGCAAGAAGCGCAAGGGAUUUGCGACGCACGAGUUCGGCAGUGUCAGCAAGAAGCGCAAGGUGGUCGAUCAUGUGGCUGAAGAGGCCAAGAGGGAGGAGAAGGCUGAGAAGGCCGAGAAGGCCAGGAAGGCUCGCGCCGCUAAGAAGAAGAAGAAGGAGGCUGCGGCCGAGGUUGCUACGGAGACCUCGGAGUACCAGCCGGACGAGAGCAGCAGCACCAGCAGUGAUUCUGCAGGACCCCCCUCCCCCACCCCUACCGGCACAUCGUUGUCGGCGCCUGACUCGCUGGAGAAUCUUUGCGCUGUUUUUUUCGUUAGUUCAUAUCUAAGUCCGCACAAAGGCGCGGGCGAGGCCCAUAACCUGGGCCGUUUAGAUACCCAAUCGAUGCUUUCCCUGUAUUGGCCUUAG